GAUGACUCGCCGCCCGGCUCGCUGCAGGAGAUACCAAAACCUGGCUCCUACUGCCCCUCGCAGUUUCCUACGUUUCUCUGUUGGUUUCCCGCCCGCCUUUCCUCUUCUUCUUCUCCUAUAAAUCACCCCCUGUCCGAGGAACUCUUCCCCUCCUACCCUUGUCCUUCUGGUUGCCGCUCACCUUCUUGCUUCCCAUAUCUGCCCUUUUCCCUCUCCCUUCGGUAGUCUCGUGUGAGACUUCUGCUGCUCUGUUCUGUUCUGUCCUCUGCUGCUCGACAGCUUCAUUUUGCUUCCAGAAGUGGAAAGCUCCCUCCUUUGGCCCUCCGAAGGAGUCGUUCGAGUUCUUCAUCUGCUCGCGUCUCUCUUGAGCUUUUCCGGCCAAGAUCUCAUAUUUUAUCCGUGACCAGCUUCAGAAUCUCGUUUUCCUCUUUGUUUCUCACCAAUCUUUGUCCGAAAGAUCCCUCCUUUUAGUUUCUGCCGUCUGUUCUUUCGGUUUUCUUCCCUUCUUCCUCACAUGCAGCUCCAUAUCCUCCUUGCGUUUCUCAUCCAUGUCGCCAAUACUGAGUGAAAUCUUCCUCUCCGGGUUUAUGAUAAGUUCCACAUUGAGGCGCAGGACACAAAUGGUUCAAUCCUUCUCCGUGGUGUUCCUCUACUGGUUCUAUGUUUUCUCAUGAACUUGUUCUGAUACCGGAGCCCCUAUAUUCCUACAUACUCCCCUAGCCGCUUAAAAUCUCUCCUAUAUACUUACGAUCCGGAACAGGAUCUGUAGUAUUCAUAUAUGAUAUAGCACCUUCUUGAUCACUACUGCAGUUCAUAUCUUUUGUGAACAUGAUGGCUUGUGCUAGUGUAGUUUCUUCUGGAUCCAGCCAAGUAGCCAAUUCUGGAUCCGAGCAGGACGUGCAGGCUUUGAUCAACCAGAGGAAGCUGAAGAGGAUGCUGUCGAACCGGGAGUCGGCGCGGCGAUCCCGGAUGAGGAAGCAGAAGCAUAUGGACGAUCUGAAGGCGCAGGUUAGCCAGCUGCAGAAAGAGAACAGCCAGAUCCUCAUCGCCCUCAACAUCACCACCCAGCACUACGCGGGUGUGGAAGCUGAGAACUCCCUGCUGAGGACGCAGCUGACGGAGUUGAGCUCCAGGCUGGAGUCCCUGAGUGAGCUCGCCUACUUCAUGGGUGGAAGCAGCUGCAACAGCUUGCAGACCCCCGACGGCUUCACGGCGGCAUGGGGCUCGAUGGUGGUGAACCAGCUGCCCAUUGUGGCCUCGGCCGACAGAUUCCAGGACUGCUGCUACGCCAACUUGUGAGUUGAAUGGUCUGUUCUGGUGUUCAAUACAUCAUUCUCACCAUAGGUGGACAUGAACUAGUGGUACAAGUGGUAGUAGAGAGGGAGGUGGUGCCUCUUAACUAAUGUAGAUGUUGCUUCUGGUAAUACUGCAAGCUUCGAGCAUGUCUGAUGAUAGAAAUGGCAUGUAUGAUUCCUAUACGUUAUAUCA